GGCGGGUCGGGAAUGAUCACCAGUUCCAACAUCACUAGCAAUCGUCUCAAUUCAAACGCUUUCACACCACUCCUAGCGGUCGUAAACGCCAACAAUAAUAAUAGUUAUCCGAACGGCAAUAACUCGACCACCAAUUCAUCGCUCAUACCAUCCAAUGCGUCGAUGAGUGCCGCGGAUAAGGGCAGUCCUAACUCCACUCUACCUCACGGCUCGUUUAGGUGUAACUUAGGCAACACAGCCCUCGCCACCGCCGCCUCUCAGGCCAUUGCCCUAACACAACAGGUAUGCAUUCUAACCAAAGUGAAGAGCAAAGUUACUCAGGUUCAACACAGGGCUAUAAUCUAUAUAAGUAUCAACACAGGGAUGCAAAUGGGAAGACGAACGGCCAGUUUGAAGGCCAGUUAUGAGGCCAUCAAUUCGGGGUUUCCCAGCGUUUACGGCUUCAAUACAUUGAGAGAGCACUCGCCUAACGACACCUCUAACUCACAUCCGGAUCUAUUGAACCGUUCAAACGCAUCGUUAGGCUAUAGCUAUGACUCUAAUAUAAACAAAACGAAUCGCCCGAACAAACGGAGCAGAACUAGUCAUUACGGCACUGAUUCCUCCAAUUCCCACAUUUCCAUCAAUAACUCAAACAUGUUUGAAGACAACUCGUCCGAAGCGGUCAGCGAUAAUAACGGAGCGCCCGAAUGGACGCUCGACCCGAAUGAGCCCCGAUAUUGCAUUUGCAAUCAGGUCUCGUACGGAGAUAUGGUUGCCUGUGAUAACGAAGACUGCCAAAAGGAAUGGUUUCAUUACGGCUGCGUUGAUAUAACCCAACCGCCGAAAGGCAAGUGGUAUUGUCCCGACUGUUCCGAUAAACUCAACAGAAAGAAAAGCAGGAAAGAGAGAUCUUGAAUGACAAAUAGGAUUAAAACAUUAAUUAAUUGUAAUUAUAAUUUAUAGCAAUAUUUGUUAAAUUUUCAACUUGUGAUCAAUUAUUUGAUUAGUUUAUUGUUAUUAAAAAAUAAGUUAUUAUACAAAUGAAUGCAAAAAAGA